AAAGAACGACGAACUGAGAACAUGCAUUGUGAAAUGUCAAUUUCAAAAGCUGUGUAUACGCUUGCUACGGCCUUCUUAUAACAACCUUUAUGUGCUCUUCGGCUUAAUGAAAGUUAGUGAGUCGCAGCUCUGGAGAAAUUUUGUUUUUCACAAAAGAAUUGGCAACAGUACAAUAUUACCGGAUUUUUCUUAUUGUGGUUAUAAGUAUAGCGAUGAAGAGCUUCCAAGAAACUAUAAUUGGCCAGUUUAUUUAGUUGAUGAUUACGGAGGCAAACCAAAUACUAAGGAUUUUUGCGACGAGGCUUUGUUAAAAGCAAUUAAUGCAGCCGCUUCAACUGGCGGAGGGGGUAUCAUACAAUUUUCGGCUGGAUCGUACUAUAUUGGUGUAGGGAAUAAUGAGAGGGAUGUAAUUAAAAUUCAUCAUUCAAAUGUCAUAAUUAGGGGGAAAGGCUCUAAUGAAACUCUUUUGUUUAUACAUGGGUGCAAACCGGUUAAUUCCCUAUGUAACAUCAUAUUUGAACCCAAUCUUAAGCCUACUAAGAAAUUGGGCACUCUCGCAGGUCCCGUUAAUAGAGGAAGUUUUCAAAUAAAAGUUAACUCAGUGCUGAAUUUUAAAGUAGACCAUGACAUCAUUAUCAGGACAAUGAGCCCGAAAUUUUCUGCAAAUUACUUCCGGCCUUACGAAGUCAAUAAAAGGUUUACGAGAUUAUACAAAAAGGGUCUAAUUGUAAACGAAAACCAUCUUAUUAAAACAAUUGAUCAUAAAACGAAAAUACUUACCCUCUAUGAGCCUGUCAUGAUUGACAUCGAUAAGGAUUCAUUUUUGUACUUCGAAAUUAGAGAGCAUACUACGCUUAGAAAUUGUGGCUUUGAAGACUUGAAAAUAAUGAGUAAUUGGAAGUAUUACCCAGAAGAAUUUUCACAUCAUAAAGAUGCCAUACACGAUUACGGUUGGCAAGCUUUGAAGAUGCAAUCGGUUCGAAAUGGUUGGAUAAGAAGAUAUAGGAAAGAGAACAGAUAUUGCCCUUCUUUUAUUAAUGCUCACAUCCUUAAAUGUGUAUUUGAAAGUUUAAGCUGCGGGAUUAUCCUCGACUCCUGCUGUGCUUUCACUGUAGAGGACUGCACAUUUGAGGGCAAGCGAGGGCACUACUCCAUUAUCACCCAGCGAGGUUACGGCUGUCUAGUUAAGAAUUGUGAGGACACCUGCCUAAACCAUCACGGCCCAAACGUUGGGUAUCAAGGCUGCAACACUGUUUAUUUGAGAUUUAAGUCGUUGCCUGGGCAAAGUAUUGAUUGCCAUUCGGGCUAUCCUUAUGCCACUCUCUUUGACGACAUUCAAUACGGUGGUGUAUGGAAUAAUAACGGAGGGCCUCUGUGUUCCUACCCUAACCAUAACAAGGAUCUUGUAUUUUGGAACUAUAACCACCGCUCUUCGGAUAGCCUGCCAGUUUACUAUAGUUUUUGGAGAGAAGACCUUACCGAUCUACGACCGCGAAACGUGUUUUUUUUCCCCAUUCUCGUGGGUUGCACAGGGAACAUGCCAGAGAAAACCAUUGAUAUCCACACAUGCUUAGCUGUGGAAUCUUUAAAUAAAAGAGUUGAGCCAAGUUCGUUGUUUGAAGCGCAGUUGGCUCUUAAACAUAAGUUAUGCCUUGGAGAUUCCGAAGCUCUUGUUGAGGGUUUGAGUUUAGAGGCUUCCCGCCUUAAAGGGUUGAAAGGCAUCUACUUUGACGCCAGCAAUACCGAUAACCUACUCUUGGAUCCUUCUUUUGAACUUCUGUUGGCUGGCGGAAGAAGAAACACGCCGUGGAGAAACUACGGCGCGGGAUUCUCUCCAUCCACUAACGGAAGAAGCGGCGCUCUAAAUAACUCGUCCAAACAUCCUGGCAUUCAAGUCAGAGGAGCAAAUUACCAGAAUCCUGGAGCAGGCGCGCAACAGAUGGUGUACAUCUCCCUUAAACCUCCUAAGAGAUUCGUCUUUGGCGGUUAUUCCAGAGGGAAAAGAAUUGAGCUCUUAGCAGGAAGCACGCCAGAAGACUACUGUCUCUGCGUCACGUUGCACUAUAAAGACGGAACGACUUCGGAAUUCAGGACUUUUUUUGGCAGCCACAGUGACAAAUGGGAAAAAAGCGAGGGAGAGUUUUCCCUAGAGAAAGAAAUUAGAAAAUUUGAUUUUAUCUGCAUAUUUCAAAAUUAUAACGGCACCGCCCUUUUUGACGAUGUUUACCUAUUUUUGUCAAAUUGAAACUAUUAGACAGUUCUUAUUUUGCUCCUUUUACUAUUAAUUUUAACUAUAAUAAAUGUUUCUUGUGAUUAAA